UUGCGGGCAGCUCAAAUUUUUGUAUAGGUGUACAUGGUAUGCAUUGUGCGUUUUUAAAGACAAUAACUGAACUAGAAUUCAAGUUUUGUGGUAACUUUUAUGAUGGAAGGUAUCGACUGGAGUUUCAAUGCACCUCAGUAUGUCGAUUUUGAAGCACCACAACCAAUUGACGACGACGCGGAUAAGUGGUUUGAUCAUGUAAGUGAAGAUGGAAAAAAUUUGGGUGAAUUAGAAUUGAAUGAAAAUGAAGAUAAAAAAGAAAAUACAAAACCAAAUCAGUCUGAAGAUAGUGAUGAAAUUAUUGAACCAUGUAAAGGAGAAAGUAAAAGACUCCCUAAUGUAUUAUUACCAUCUGAAUGGAACAAAAAGAAGACCAACAAUGCUGAAAAAACAUCUUCUAAAAUGCCACAACGUGUUCUAAAAUCAGCACCACUACGACAAUCUCCAAGGUUAAAGAAUAAGCCAAUGAAAGCCUUACCUAUGGUGUCACCUCCAGUAACUGAGAUCGGUAAACCGAAGAUGAGCAAAGGUAGUUCUAUGACUAACUUGCACUUAGGUCAAAAUCAUGUUGAAGGGAAGAAAACAUUACGUAAAGUAGAAUCUAGUACAAUGUUAAAACGAUCUUCUUCAUUGCGUUCAAAAAGACCAGGCUCUUGUGAUGGAGCACCAAGUAGAACAUUGAGAACACGUGGAUUAUCGGCUGAAAAACCCAUGCAGUUGAAGAAGCCAAUUUCUCCUGAGAGUCAACCAGCUUCCCAGAAACAAGGCAUAACAUUUCCUACGACUCCUACAUUCAUGAAGCGUAAACAUACAAGUGUUGGUGCUACAAGAGUCGUUAAAAAUUCAGAAGAACAAGCUUUAGAAAAGAUAGAAAAAUUCAGGAAAGAUUUGGCAGAGAAACGGAAGCAAUCAGAUUUAUCGUUGAAAAAAUUGAAAGCAACUGGUUGUAUUGGUGCAGUGAAAGGACCUAGUGAUGACAGUACAAAAACACAACCAAAAAGUGAUAAUAGAAUAAAAGGCUUCUUCAAUGCAGUUAAAGAAAGAAUUUCCUCUAGUUCAUCUUCAAAAGAGGAUAACAAUAAUAAACAAAUGGACAAAUUCGAGUCAAUGGCAGAACGUAUUAUAAAUUUUCAAAAUGGAACCCCAGAUAGAUUCCAUUCCAGACCAAAAGACAGAUGUAAAGGUCUGAAAAGAUUGCGUUCAAAAUCUCCCAAAACUGCAAAAUUAACGAUACCACAUACACCCAACUUUCAGAGUACCAUGCGUACCCGUACAGUUAAGGUACCUAGCAGAGAUGAAUUAGAAGAGAGAGAAAUAGAAGAGAUGCAAAAAAAUCAGUUCCAUGCACAUCCUGUUAAUCAAAAGAUAUUAGAACAUACAACAGGUCUGAAGGAAGUAGCUAAAAAACCAACAACAGAGCCUAAAGCUUUCCAUUUAAGUAGUGAUAACCGACAGAAAGACAAGGAUACAUCAAGAACAAAAGAAGAGAAAGUUGUAUUUCAAGCUAAGCCAGUUAAUCCUAAAAUAUUAGAAGGUGUUGUGGGUGUGAAACCAGCUAAAGAAAAAGCAACAACGGUUCCUCAGUCUCCAGCAUUUGCUCUGAAGAACCGAGUCCGGUUGCCUGUUGAACCAUCAGAUGAAAAGCAUAAUACGUCAAAUAAAGCCCGAUCUGUUCCACAUUAUGGCAUUCCCUUUCAACCUAAAGUAGUACGCAAAAUAACAGUCAUUGAACCAUUCAGCUUUGAUUCAAGGGAUAAAGAGAGAGAUAUUAAAAAAGAGGCUAAAAUACAACAAGUUAUGGAAGAGGAGCAGAAGGCUAGAGAGUUUCAUGCUCAACCAAUGCCAGAUUUAGAAGAACCUGUUGGUAUUCCACCUAAAAACCCUAAAGAAAUUACUGAGCCGGUACCAUUUGAAUUUGAAAUUGAUUUUAGAAGUUCCCGUAGAGCAGAAGAUACAUCUAGCUGCAGCAGUACUAGAUUUGAAGAGGAUAUGCAGGUUCCAUUCAAGGCUAAACCAGUUACAGUUAUAUAUCAGGAACCAUUUAUACCUAAAAAAUCAACAAAACCUCUGACAGAUGUAACAGAGUUUGAACUAAAUACAGAACGUAGAGCAGCUAACAGAGAAAGUUUUGAUAAUCAUAUUAAACACAAAGAAGCUGAAAUGGAAGCCUCGAAGCGACAGAGAGAACAUGAGGAAAAACUAGCAUAUGAAGUAGAAAAAGCUAAAUUACGUAGUGAAACCGUUCAUAAAGCCAAUCCUGUAAGACAUUUUGCACCUGUUCAAGUUCACCCAAGUAACAGACCAUUAACACGCCCAGAAUCACCUAUGUUUACAGAUCGAUUUAAAAUCUGAAAGUGGUUUCAUUAUGAGUAAAUAUUUUAAUUUUAUUAUUGACUGAGAAUUAAUAUAAUAUAUAAUUAUAGGGGUCACAGUCUGAUUAAAUAACACAUUCUAUUUCACUUUCUAAUAACAUGUAGUUCUUCACGUCAGUUUUUCUUGAUGAACUUUAUUUGAUCUAAGAUAUUAAACAAAAUGACUUGAUUAGAGGAAGGUCUGUCGUCAAUUCAAGUGGCCUUUGUUUGGAUUCUGUUCUUUUAUGUGACAAGGAGUAAAUUGUAUGGUCAUCUGAUGGGUAUUCACCUGUUUCUUGUUGCUCUUUUUCUAAAGUUAAAUGAAUGCCAUGUUAGUACUAAAAUGCCAAUGUUAAAUCCAUUUCCCGCUGUCAUCUUUAAACUCAGAGCUACAUGUACAAAAUUCAGAGAGAAAGCAAAAAAGAUUAGCUACAUGCAUCAUUGACCAUGUUGUUCUCCUGAAUAAUAUUUAUCGGAUUAGAGUUGAGCAAGGCCAUCUAAAUUCUGAGAAAAAAAACCCAACAAAAUUUCAAUGUGUUCUUUUAAUCAGAUUGUAGGUGUUGGUGCUUAGCCAUAUAAUUAUCUAUGAUAGCUUCAUAUUUUUAAUUGUGCUCAUAGUUUUUGUGUAUGUAAACUGAGUUUUGAAAGAAAUGAAAAUUUAGAACUCGUAUGGGACAGAACAAUUAAUGUUUAAAAGAAAGUCGACUUUAUUUUUUAAGUUUUUAUUAAAUCCUGGCUGUCUAGAUGACCUGCUCAUGUCUCUUCCAGCUGAAGUUUGAAAAUACUGCAUAAAAUUGUUUAUAUGGUACUUUUUCUGUAAAAAAUGUCAAUAUUUAGCUGACAUAAUUAGUAAGCUAUUCCAUCAACUAUACUGACAGUGUUUGAAUUUAAUUAUUGUAAAUAUUGUAAAGCCAGGAAAAUUUAAAAUCUUUUACUCUAGUUUUCUCUCUUCUAUCUUUCUCACUAUUUAAUGUAUAUGUACAUAAUAUAGAUAUUUUAAAACAUUGUCUGCAACUGCAAGGUAUUAUUAAUUGCUUGUUCAUAAAAUAAUUGGGAAUAAACAUUAUGAUGUGGUUAUAUAUUCAUUAUAUCAACAUUUAACAUAAGUAUAUUUUGUAUAUCAGAUACUUAAAAAUGCCCAGUGCUUCCAUUACUUUAUAGGAAUGUAAAUGUUUUAACUGGCAUUUAGGAAUGACACUGGAAAUAAACAGUACACAUUUCUAUGGGGUACAAUUACUGUUUGUUACUGAGUAAUGUUUCAACUAGGUUUCUCAAGUCUUUAUCAAGCCUAGUAACAAACAGUAAUUGUAAGAGUUGUGAAUCUAACCAAAUAAAAAAAACCAAAACAAAACUUGUGUUUGAAAUGUGUUUUAUAGUUUGUUAAUCUUGAAAAACAAUGUCUUGACUUUUAAAUCAACCUUUGUUACGACCUCUUUUCAUUGUAUAUAAUAUGUAAUAUAUUUAAAUGGCAUUAAUUCUCACUAUAUAUUAGAUAUUAUUAGGUGUUUAAAACAUUGAUUCAAAGACUAGUUUAAAUAGUUAAUUUACGCAAUAUACUGAUAAAUAAAUGUAGAAUUCUAUGUUGGACAAAAUAGAUGUGAAAUACAUUGAAUAUUGCACAUCGACUUUUUAAUUUUCCAGGAUGACAUUCAUGAAUCUGUGUGUUACAAUAAUAUACACUAACAGUAUAUCAUUGUCAGAGAACUAUCCAAUUCUGUCUAUGUGAUAGGUCAUUAGGACAAUGAUGUUGCUUUAAAAUGUCCACAAAGAAACAAUACACAGGACAUAAAUAUUAUAGCUUAUGUCAGUUUAGAUAAGAAAGUUCCUUGUGUCUGAUUAUUAGCAAACUAUCGGUAUUUCAAACUGGUGUUGGCUUAGAAAUAAUUUAAUUGAGACUGGUGUAAACUACAUCAGAUGUUUUAACCUGUACAAAAUAUAUAGAUAGAACCAGUUAGUUCUCAGUCAACAAAAGAGUAAAUUUUUCAAAAACUUUGUCUUAUCUUCAUAUUGGAAGGAAAUUUUGAUUUUGUUCAUUUAAAGCAUAUUUAUGUAUUAAAAUUAGAUAUCCAUGUAAUUUGACAUAUAACAUCAUCAUCAUUUUAGUUUCAUGUUUUUAUUUCAGUGCUAUUAACAUUAUAUCAUUAAUAUUAACAUCACUUUACUACUUAUAGUUGCAUGAUAUUUGACUUGUAAUAUUGUCUGCUGAAACAGUCAAGUCAGCAUUAUUUUAAUAUUGUUAUAACAGCUGAAUACAAAUAAUUAUAUUGAUAAACCUGUGUUGUCUUUUAUUGAACAUUAAAAUUGUAAAAAUAAUGCAGUUCUGUAUACCACAAGAGCAGAACAGUAGGAUGUUCUGUAUACCACUGGAUGUAUGAAUCUAUCCGUAGCCUUUUCAUAUUCCCACAUUAAAAUGUUAAUUAUUUCUGAUUAUUACUUCAUGGGUUGUCGAUGAUCAUUUGUUAGUGUCUUGUAUAAUGCUUGCAAAGAAUACUAAAGAAUAUAAUGUAUGUGACAUUACAACCUUUAAGGACUGCCAUGUUUCGUUGCAUGAUACCCCUAUCAGAAGACAGUAAAAACUUUUUGUCUUCAUUAUCCUUUAAAUUGCAUUACAAUCAAUAAGAACCAAUGGAAGUGACAUGUCAAUCUGUAUUUGAUAGCCUCCUGACUGGAUUUCA